CUGAAAAAACACCGUGUUUGUGUCUCUCACGUUGCACAGUAGAUCACGUGACCCAUCAGACUUGCAGUUAAAAUGUGUUUCAUUCAGUUUGGCACCGUGUGUCCCAUUUAUUACAAGCCUUACAGACACUUGAGAUAGAUGGCAGACACGCAGCUUUUAGAGCUAGACAGGCAAGGAUCUAAUUUAGGUCUUUUGGUUUUAAUGAUGGGGUUGGUCAGAGAUGGCUACUGUAGGAAGGGCUUUUAUUUCAGUGCAUUUUACUUGGAGUACUUACACAAGAUGGGAGCUCAGUCCAGCCCUAAAAACACUAAGAGCCAGCACCAGUGUCUUUCACAAAACAUGACAAUUAAUCUAAAGCCCCAUGUGAAUCUUUAUUUGAACAAAAGUGCUGGUUUUAUAACUAAAUGAGCCCAUGUAUUUUGUGCCAUUCUCUUAAUUUUGCUCCUGAGUUGCCCCUUCAAUUACUGUAUUUAGCUCUGGACAAUUAUGACUAAUGUAGCAAUCUGCAAGCACCAUAUUAUGUUGUUGCUGACCAAAUAUUUUUAAUUUAAUGCAUAAUAACAUAUAUUUUUUCCUGAAUAAUAUCGGUUCACUGCAGAGUAACUAUAAAUGCCAAAUAAUACAUAGUCGUGAAUUUGAAAGCAGUAUAAAAAUGUUUAAGGAAGCUUUUCCUGUAACUGCCUCAGGCGAAAUAUACUGAGACAGUUGAACAAAUAAUAGCCUUUUAAAAGUAGAAUUGAUGGUGAGGUUGCUGCACUGGAUUGAUACAUUAUGAAGCACCAGCGAGUGUAUGAGUUCCUUCUUACAGGAUGCUUCUUUUAAAAAAAACUUUUUGUCUUAUUACAUCCUUUCCAUUUUGAUGAUGCCUUUCCAUUGUGAAUUAUCUAAUAAAGUAAGGAGAUCAUCUUUAAAAUGGCACUUCCCAGAGGUGCAUGUGGGAUAUUGGUGUUUCAGUAUGAAAAGGGCAUUGACGUUCACCCCCCACCCCCACCACCUCCCUCCACCCACUCAUACAUGCUCAUAGAAGUCUCCAUGUAUUUGACUAAACUAGUCUAGGUUUAUUAAAAUUUAACAUAUUCGUAACUGUCAGAAGAAAUCAGUAUUUUACGCCAUUUGCAUGUACUUAUGAUUGUUUGCCUACAUACUGUCCUUCAGUUGUGUUUCUGCUCACACAGCUUCCCUGAUGGAAGCGCCUCUGUUUCCCCGUGAGUCCGGGCAGUUUAUAGCAGAGCGCAGUCAGGACGUGUUUGUGGAGGAUGAAGGAGUACAGAAGGUGGCGGAGAUGCUCUUCACUCUCCGACACAGUGAUGAUUUGACUGCCAGUGGCUGGAAAAAGGCAAAUCCAUUGGCUCCAGCACCCACCUCUGACCAGGCCUUAAACUGGGUGUUUGUAGUAGACACUAUGAACUUCUCCUUUUGGCCCGAGAAAGAAACUCAGCAGUGUGAGGUGACGUAUAAAGGAACCACGUACACUGGCUACAUGACCCUGUGUGCUGCCAUCACCAGGGCAAUGGAUGAAGGUAUACCGAUCACCGAUCCAAAGUACUUCUCUCAGAUAAGUGUGGACGAGCUGGCACAUGUGCUUCGAUCAGACAAUGAAACGCCGAUGCCAAUGCUGCAGGAGCGCCACAAGGUGCUGACUGAGGGCGGCUGCGUCCUGCUGGAACACGGCGGAAGCUUCCGCAGUUUUAUCAGCCAAGCCGGGAACGACGCCCAGAAGAUGGUGGAGUUGAUCGUGAAGAAGAUCCCAUCCUACAGGGAUGAAGCUACGUAUGAGGGGAGGAGAAUCUCAUUCUACAAGCGUGCCCAGAUCCUGGUGGCUGAUUUCUGGGGCGUCCUGGAAGCCAGAGGAGAGGGAAAUAUCACGAACAUGGACGGCCUCACUAUGUUUGCAGACUACAGGGUCCCACAGGCUCUUGUGUAUCUUGGGGCGCUGCGAUACUCUGAUGCACUGAUGCAGACGCUGAGGAAGGGCGAGCUGCUGUGUUCGGGGGACAGGAGGGAGGUUGAGAUCCGAGGUUGCUCAAUUUGGUGUGUGGAGCUGAUCAGAGAGCGCCUUCACAAGUUAGUGCAGGAGGGAGGCGGGCAAAGCUGCGACAUCAACGCCGUAAUCAUCGACUUCUACCUGUGGCCCUACGCCAAACAGCACCACAAAGAGAUGGCCCACAUUCCCAUACACCACACACGCUGUAUUUACUACUGACAGGCUCGCUGGCAGCAUCACAUACAGUGGUCUGCACCCCACAGCGUGCUGCCUUGGCACCGGUGCCCUGGGAUGAAGCCAAGCAUUUCUCUGCACCAGAUACGGCAUCUGUCUCGCUGUUCAGCGAACAGGUGUGACGCUCUAAUGCAGCACGCUCGUCUGUGUGGGCAGCAGCACUGUCAGAUCAAACGUUUCCUGUUGACGCGAUGCAACAGUUUAACAACAAAUGUGGAAAUACAAUAUUUUUCAGUGUAA